AUGUGGACCUUCAUCGUGGUUUUCGUCCUUCUGACAGCUGGACUCAGAGCACAGGACUAUGACAACAGUUUGAGAGGCAUUUUGCGUCAUGCUUGUCCAGACAAUCAAGUCGUGUCUCAGAUUAAGAGCUCCUACAGUUCCACUGAGCAAGAUCGCCAAUGGAAGAUUGAGUGCAAGGCUUUCAACAAUACCUCAGACUGCUCCUGGUCCAGUUACCAGGACGCAUCUGAGAAAGAACUCAGCUACAAUUGCCCGGCCAAUCAUGUGGUUGCCGGUGUCUACAGCGAUUACAACAGCCAGCAAGGAGGAAGAAGAUGGAAAUUCCUCUGCUGCUCUUCUCCAAACUUGAUCACAUUUGAAUGUCGGAAAACCCCAAUGGUCAACUACUUGAGCGAAGACUUCAACUGGCAACUGCCUGCAGGCCACUUCCUCACAGGAGUCCAGACCCACUUCAGGAAUGAUACCAAUAGAGACCAUCGCUGGAGUUUCAAUUACUGCAAAGGAAAAACACAAGAUACCCAGACAGUCAAUUCACAAAUCCUUACGGCAAACAAACCUAUAUCAGACCAUUUGAUCGAAGGAGAUGUUUUUGUCUCAAACGCAAGGAAUGCAAGAAUCUGCGAUAACUGCAAAUGGCCAAAGUUAAGUCAGACAGUUAAAGUGCCAUAUGUCAUAAGUGAUUCCUUUACCAGCCAUGAAAAGCUCAAGAUUGAGAACGCAAUCAGUGCCUUCCACAUGAGCACCUGCAUCCGGUUUGUUGCUCGUACUUCCCAGAUCGACUACAUCAGCAUUGUGAAACAAAAUGGAUGUUGGUCCUGGGUCGGGCGAACUGGAAGGUCGCAACAAUUAUCUCUGGAUACAGGAUGCAUUCACAAUGGCAUCAUUCAGCACGAGCUCAUUCACGUACUUGGCUUCUGGCAUGAGCAAAGUAGAAGUGACAGGGACGCUUUCGUCAGGAUCAACUAUGAAAACGUCCUGGAAGGACAAGAAAGUAACUUUCGUCAACUGGAGACAAACAACCUCAACGUUCCAUAUGACUAUACGUCCGUAAUGCAUUAUGCACCGAAAGACUUCUCCAAGAAUGCAGGAGAUACCGUCAUUCCCCUCGACCCCUCGGCACAAAUAGGCCAGAGUGAAGGCAUGUCAGAGAAUGACAUUCUGAAGAUCAACAGGCUCUAUGUCUGCAGUAAGUCGGAUUUCCUCCAUGCACACGGCGAGUGGGACAAUACUUUGGACAACGAUUUCAGUCGCGUUUGUCCUUCUGGCCAAGCUGUGUCUGGCAUCACAAGAUGGAGGUUUUACUGCUGUAGUACCCCUGGUUUUACCACAUCCAACUGCCAAACAGCGACAGACAUCAACUACUAUAAGGAGUACUUCAGCUGGACAGUCGCCAGUGAUCACUUCCUGACAGGAGUGAAAAGCUCUUUUGAUGAUAACAGUCGUGACCGAAGGUGGAGUUUGACAUACUGCCAGGGGAACAGUCAGUGA